AUGGCGGGCAUCCAGCAUGCAGUGGCUGACCCGGGAGACGCGCUCCCGUCGGGACAUUUCCUCUUCACUUCGUCACACCCGUUGGGCAAGGGCGGCUGCGGGACCGUCUGGGCCGUCAAGGACGCCACCGACCCACACGGCCAUGACGUGGCUCUCAAGACGAUGCAGAAGCCCAUCUUCGCGGACCUCAAGGACCCCGGCAGGAACGAGGUGGCCUUUAUGAGGUCACUCAGGGAAGACGCCGAGAUGCGGGCAGUGACUCGAGGGGAUUCGGUUGCCGACUGGCCGCAGCAUUGGCAUCCCAACGUGGUGAGGGUGUACGAUGUGUGUGACACCAACGGGGGGAGGUUUGGAGACAUGUGGGCCAAGAUGGAGCUGCUGCCGAGACCGACACACUAGUAUCCAUUUCAGACGAGAAGGUGAGGUGGAUCCAUCCCUGAAACCGAAUGGCCGGCAAGAAUGUGCGUGUGUGUGUCUCCUUUUCUGCAGGUGUCAGCGUUGGUCAAUUUGCUAUUCCAUGCGAGGCAGGGCGACCAGAUCAAGUAAGACAACAGCGUAAGUCGAUAUGCUGGUCUGUCGCUUGUGCAUGUUCUCAGUCAUUGGCUGACUUUUCUUUCUAUCAUUCCAUCAGAUUUUUACAGAGACGCUGACGGCAAUCGUGUUCCUAAGCUGCCAUCGUCGCCACCCGGCCACGGACAUCUCUCCAUCGAUCCUUGUUGUGUGUAUUUUCCUUGUUGUCUGUCAGACCUGACUUUGUUGCAGCGCUGCAGCCCCUUCAAGGAUGCGGUGUAUCAAGCCGGUGUGCUGGUCGUCGAGAGCCACCCGAGGAAACCCCUCUUUGAAGUGCCCGACGACUACCCGGGGCAGAUCAACAAGAGCCAGUACAUGCAGGAGGAGGCCGAGAGAUACGGCGGCUUCAUCGGUCUGCCGGGCCAGGGAGACAUGCCGGGCAUCGACAGCAGGGUGGGGCGAGGGAACGGGCUGGCGGUCCCGUACAGUGAGGCGCAUCUGAAGACGAGCAUUCGCAAGGGGGUGGCUGGAACGUCCAUGGACGAACAGGCCAUCGCGUCCAAGUAAGUGAAGUACGGAACAGAAAAAGCACCUCUUAAUUGCUCUGUCUGUGUCUCGCUUUGAUUGUAGGUGUUUGUGUUAUGCCCGGCAGCGUUGGACGGCAGCCCAGCUGCUAUCGCAUGCGUACUUCCAGGAUCCCGCACUUGACACGCUCAAGAACGGGGGUUCCCCAUCAGUGAGCUCGCCGCCCCCACCCGGGCAAGGCCCUCUAUCAACCCACCAGCAUCUGUCUGUCUGUCUGUCUCUCUGCCUGUCUGUCUGUCUGUCUGUGUGUGGCUCCCUCCAGGUGUACCAUCGCGAUUUGACUGCCAAGAACGUCAUGCUCACGUUCAGGGCGAGCAACAGCAAGGUGUGGCGCGUCAAGAUCAACGACGUGAGGGAGUGGGCAGAGAACUGCCCGGACAUCCGCGACUUGGGCCACUACGAGGGGCGGAUGCUCACCGGCAUCUCGUCGGGGAUCCUGGACGUGCUGCCCGAAAUGAUCGUUGGCGGCCAAGACAACCCCACCUCGACGGCUUCAAUUGCGCAAAUCGAGUGCUUGGCAAAGUUGCAGGACUGGUUCGGUAAGUUAGUUAAGUGGCGGAGCGAGGGAGGGGAGGGAGGCAGAGAGGGAGGGAGGAAGCAGAUGCCGUCCUGAGUGAGUGUAUCUGUGUGGUGUGGUGUGGUGCGGUGUGGUGUGGCCGUUGUGUGUUGUCAGGUGAGUUUCUGCAGGACACGCAAUAUCACAUCGGACCCCAUCACCGCAUCCCACGCACAGCCGGUGCGCAGCACACACACGCACAUACACACACGCACAUACACGCACACACAGGUGCACACACCUGAUGCUGCCUCGUUCUCUCAGAUGGCCGUGCCGAUGACAACGGCCAGCCCCGUCGCCAGCACCACGCCCACACCGAUGACGAGCUCGACAGUGACCACAUGGACCGCCACAACCGCCCGACCCGCCUCCGCCCCGACCGCCAAGACGACAGCUACGACGACCGACAUGAAGACCGUGGCCCCGCGCAUCGUCGGCCUCGCGAUAGAGAUAGCUACGACAGUUGCGUCGGCGGCGGGUGCGCAGUGCGCGAGAGGGUGGAGGAGGCGGACGGGCGCUUUGGUGCUGGUGUGGGUCGGCCCGGUGUGGGUGGCGAGCAGGGGUAUGUAGAGAGGGAGAGGGAGAGGGAAUUGCGGACUGUGCGCGGGGAGAUCCAGCACAAGUACCACAACCAGCACGACCAGCAUGGCGACCUCCUCGCACAGGUGCGGUGCGCAUUCACAAACAGAGCCUUAAAGAUAGAGCGAGAGGGAGGGAAUAGUCGCCACGACAUCAACGUGCGAGUCCCUUCUCUCUCUCUCUCUCUCUCUCUCUUUCUGUGUGUGUGUGUGUGCGUGUGUGUGUUCAGGCUUUGUCACGUCCAGCCAGGGACCCUCCCCGUGUGGCGGGCGGCACCUUCGCGCGUGCUCUUGGCGGCGUCCGGCAGCAGAUGUUCCAGGCACACCCACGGCAGCAGCAGCGUCCGGGUCCCGUCCACGGCCAGCCCCCACACACACAAUGGCCCUUCAUACUUCCCCCUCCGCCAGCGCGACCCAGCAGGAUGGCCACCAACCAGCAGGUAGCCCCCCCCCCAACACACACACAGACACACACAGAAACACACGCCUCACGCGCCUCACGUAUGCUUUGGAUGGAUGAAUGUGUGUGCAGGGCGGUGGCGGCGGCGGCUCGUCCCUGACCCACGGCUACGACGACAAUCAUGGUCAGCCGGCAAGACGUGUCCAUGAAAUUAUCCUGUUUGUCUAUACUCCACUGUAUGUGCUUACUGCAGAUGACGACAACCAGCCGCCAUCGCAUGCUGCCGCUUCCGCUGCUACUGCCGCAGCGCCCUUCAUGCCCUCUAGCAACCUGGCGCCCGCCCCGGCGCCGACCGUGGCGCCCAACAGGAACAGGAACAAUAACAAUAACAAGAAGAAGAAGACAACACAGUGGCGGGCCAAGAGGGGCGGUGGGGCACAGACAGACGCCCCUUAG